CCAACGCGAAGGUGAAGGUCAUCUCCAUCAAUCGCAUCCCGCAUUUGUGUUUGUUUGCUCUACGGGACAUUCAGCCCGGAGAGGAGAUCACUUACGACUAUGGGGGUUAUGACCUGCCCUGGCGCAGAGGCACGGUAAGUGAAGUCUAAUCAGGUUUUAUUGUAUAAACAGUAUUGUGUAUAUUUUAAAUACAUCGAGACUGAAGUGAAGACAAUUUACGCACAAAUUGUGAAUGGUGCAGAUGGUAUGGUUUGCUACAAAGAAACCACAUGAGGACAUGAUCAGCAUCAGUAUAAACAAGAACAGGAAACAACAUGGCCAAGAUAUACAACCUUUGCUUAUUUUCUGCAUGAAAUGCAUAGAUAACUAAAAGGGAUCAUUUGCUGUUGAAUUAUGUUUAAACCACAGUGCUGAUUAAAUCUCUAAUCAGAAUGGUCAGCAGCUUGGAUGUAGUAGGUUGUAAUCCUAAUCAGAGGUUAGUAUUAAUGUUCUAAUAGCUACUACUCAUAGCUAAACUCAUUUAAGGGGACAUGCUACGUAGCAGCAUAAUAAUAAAAUGAAAAAUACAGCUGAUAUAAAACGUCCACACACCCCUGUUCAAAUGGCAGGUCCUCAGUGUGGAAUCACAAGGUAUAAAAAAUUAAGUAAAAAUCAAUUAUAAACGUUCUGGGGGAAAAUAAGUGCUGUGUACACCGACCAGGCAAAACAUUAUGACCACCUGCCAAAUAUUCUGUUGGUCCCCCUUUUGCAGCCAAAACCAGUCUUGACCCAUCAUGCACUGUGUAUUCUGACACCUUUCUAUCAGAACCAGCAUUAACUUCUUCAGCAAUAUGAGAAACAGUAGCUCAUCUGUUGGAUAGGACCACACGGGCCAGCCUUCACUCCCCAAAUGCAUCAAUGACCCUGUCGCCGGUUCACCACUGUACCUUCCUUGGACUCAUGAUCUCAUGUUCAAAAUGGCUGUGUAUGGAGAACUCUUCUCAGUUUGACAAUAACGAAGAGACAUUAGGUCAGCACGAGCAGGAACCAUGUACAGAAGAGAUAACACCGUCACAGACAGUAAACAAGGAGUGUGAAGAAGUGCCAGUGCGAGCUGAUAAAGCUACACAGACAACAGAUCUAAACACAUCUCUAGAAGAUAUGAUCUGGAACUAUAUUCCAUAUCAGUGUCUGACAUCGGAACAUCAGAAACUCUGUGAAACUCAACUGCUCCAGAUCCAGUUAACACCGCUAACCCUGCAGCAGAUUGCAGAACAACAGCAGACUUCAAUGGAUGUUGAACCAUGUGUGAAAGAACAGUCUUGUCCAGUGUCAAGAGAACAGCUACCUUGUGACAAUGAGGGGCAAAAUCAACCUCUGUGUAGUGAAGACUCCCCUGCUGUGAAUCAACAGCCUGUGAGUGAUGCAGAGAUGACAUCUAGUAAUGAAGAAGAGCCUGAAUCUCAGCUAGCAAAUCAGAUGACCGAUGAGGUGAGAGCGAUGGAGUGUAAUGAAGAUGCAGAACAGCAGACCUUGGAACAGAAACAGACUAGUCUGCAACAAGUUGAACAAUGUGAGGAAGAGCAGUCUUCCAGUUCACUGUCAGCUGCACAGAGCACGUGUGAUGAAAAGCAACUCGAGUGUCAGGAUCAACCAUGUCAAAUACAGGAAGCACAACAGAUGCAGGCUGGUGAAGAGACGCAGCAGCAGUGUAAUAAUGAUUCAUCUCAGACUCAGAGUGCUACACAGUCAGCCGAAGCUGAUUCAAACCUUAGCAGCGAGGAAAGUAACGAUGACACGGUCUCAUCCGAUGAAGAAUUCAUACCUGUCUCCGAAACAGAAUCGGACGAUGAUUCCGACAUAGAGAAGCCGAAAAAGAAGGCUAAGACUACAGACGCCUCGAAGGAAACGGAGGAACCGGCAACACCACCAGUUCAGAAUCAUUCAGUCAUUAAGGCUACAAAGCUUAACUUCUGUUUGGUUUGCGGAAAGGCCUGCGUAAAAAUAUCAAGGCAUUUAAAAGUACACAUAAAAGACAACGUGGAGAUCGCAACUGCUUUUAAGCUACGGAAGAAUUCAAAACAGAGGUCACACAUGCUCGAGGUGCUAAGGAACAAAGGGAAUUACCAACACAACAGCUCUGUUGUGCUGGAAGGUGUCGGACUGCUGAAAACGAAACGAAAGCCGAAAGCCGAUAUUGACACACAAAAGUUUGAAUACUGCAUGUAUUGUAAAGGGCUGUUUGUGCGUAAAACACUCUGGAUGCAUGUGAGACGCUGCGCAUCAAACCCUGAAAGAGACAUGCCGAAGACUUCAAGAUCUGUUUUGGGUUUGGCAGCUUUCGCACAAUGCACGCAUCUAAAACACGUUUCAGAGGAUGUAAAGAAAAUGCUUUGUGAUAUGCAUCAGGACGAAGUUGCACAGGUCGUCAGAAAUGACGAGUACGUACUGAAACUGGCACAAGAUUUCUAUGACAAAAAGGGCAAUAGUAAGGAAAGACACGCAUUUGUUAGACAGACCAUUAGAUGCAUUGGAAAGUUUUUGGUCCUUUUGCGGAAUAAAUAUGAGAUAAGGAACCUAGCAGAGGCUAUAAAACCCUCCAGCUUUACAACGGUUAUUCAAGCAGUCAAAGAAAUUGCCGAAUUUAAUGAGGAAACACAACGCUAUGCAAUACCAGGCCUUGCACGCAGAAUCGGAUUGGUUUUGAGGAAAUAUUGCAUCUUGAGCGCACAGAAAGCGUUCGCCAUCGGAGACAAAAUACUAAUACGGGCAACUAGCACAUUUAUGGACCUUUUUAACAAUGCACAUUUUGCUUUAGUUAAUAAAAGAUGCCUCAACAUACAGCCCAAGUUUUUUUUACUGCCGUUCGUCAACAACGUGAGAAUAUUUCACUGCUAUCUGGAAAAGGCUUCGCAGUGUGCAAUGAAGGCGCUGAGGGAAACGCCGUCUGCCCAGACUUACGCCGACCUUUGCAAAGUGACCCUGGCACAAAUCCUGAUGUUUAAUCGCCGACAAGGAGAAGUCUCGCAGAUGACCAUUAAAAGAUUCCAGGAGAGAGACCAAGUGCAGGCUCCUGAAAUCUCCGAGGUACUAACGGAACUGGAAAAAGUGUGUUGUGAACAGUACUGUAAAAUCCUGGUCCAUCAGAAAGUAGGAGUGCUAGUGCCAGUCAUUUUAACCUCUGACAUGAUCGACGCACUUUUGCUCCUAACCGAAAAGAGAGAGCAAUGCGGUGUCCCCAAUAGCAACAUAUUUGUGUUUGGGCAACCCAGAAAUAACAAGUGCUACAGAGGAGAAAACGCCUUACGGAUCUGUGCCAACGAGUGCGAUGAGAUAAAUCCUGAUAAUCUGACAUCCACCAAAUUCAGCGCACACAUUUCUACACUCACCCAGUUCCUUACCUUGAAGAACCAUGAGCUAAAGAAGCUGGCCAAGUUCAUCGGCCAUGAUAUAAGCCUGCGGAAAGAAUACUACAGGCAAAGUGAAGCCGUACCUCGCUUGGCCAAAAUCUGCAAACUUAUUUUGGCCAUAGAGAAGGGGAGUGCAGCUGAGGUGAUCGGACAGUCUCUAGACGACAUUGAAUUACCAGAGGAGAUCAGGGAGAGUGACAGUGAAGAUGAAUAUUUUGAGGAAGACUAUGCAUUUCUUGAAAAUCGGGCCACAAGACGUGAACUCGCAUUACAGCUUCUGUGCAAAUCAAAAAAUCAACAAAAAAACUGUAGUGCAUCUGCACUAAAUCGUAGGAGACGGGAUAAUAAAUCUACAUCUAAGAAAAAUGAAUCUGCAUCUAAGGAAAAUGAAUCUACAUCCAAGGAUAAUGAAUCUACAUCUAAAAGAAAUGAAUCUUCAUCUAAGGAUAACGAAUCUACAUCUAAGGAUAUUGCAUCUACAUCUAAGGAUAUCGCAUCUACAUCUAAGGAUAAUGAAUCUACAUCUAAGGAUAAUGAAUCUACAUCUAAGGAUAAUGAAUCUACAUCUAAGGAUAUUGCAUCUACAUCUAAGGAACAGGAUACACAAUCUACUGAAGAUCCCAAAGCAAAGAAACCUGCUCAGGAGCAGGCCGAGGAGCAAGUCAAGACAGUCAAGAAACGUGUACAGUGGACCCGAGAAGAGAGGAUGGCAAUCAUGAAGCAUUUCAAAAAACAAAUUUACCAUGGAAGACUGGCUACAGUAUACGAAGCUCGACGCUGCAAAUUGCUGGAGCAACCGGUUCUGGAUGGUAGGACUAUACAGAAAAUCAGAGACUUUGUAAGAAACUGUGGGAAAAGUUUAAAGAGGAAAAUGGCCUCUAAAAAUAGUUCGAAGAUGAAUUUAGAAGAAUAUUUAGAUUCCCAACUGGAAAAUCCAAACAGCCCAACAACAGAUACCUCAACAUCUAGUCAACUAUCAUCUCAAACGGCAAACCCUCUCAGCUCUAUCGUAACCCCAUCUCCAGCGACUGACUUAAUCAAGCCGAUUAUUCUUUUCUCUCAAAAUGCAAACGUCACAACUACUACCACAUUACCCCCUCAAGUAACACUCUCUACAACCCCUAAUGUAGCACAUCCUCAAGCAAAUAUAAUAUAUGUUAAAGUAAAAAACCCCCAUUCAGCAAACCAGACCACUGCUACGCUACCACUUCCAUUAGCAAAUCAAACCAUAUUACCUGCAAAGGUGAUACUACCUCAAACAGUAAACCCAAGCAAAAUACUUCAAGUAGCAGACUUGACCAACUCCAGCAUUUUAAUACCACAAGUGCCAAACCAGAGAGGUUUAAGUAAACCACCUCCUCAGGCAGCACCCCUCAUAUGUUCAGGUGUACUAGUCCCUCAAGCAGCAAACCCAGCCACCUAUGUACUAACUCCACCAGCAGCAAAACCAGAAAGUUCUAACCGGCUUCCUCCUCAGAUAUCAAUUCUAAAAUGUGUAAGUGUACCUCUGCCCCAAGGUGCACAUCCAAACAAAAGUUGACACCACAAGCAUUUCUAACUCCAACUUCUUAAACAACUCUAACAACACCCCAAAAAUUUUCUAAAGGCAGCACAGCUCAUUUGAUAAACUCCAGUAGACCAAAGCCUCACAAGUUCAACAAUAAUUUCCCAGACAGCUAAUAUAGAGAGCUAUAACGGAUUUUUAUUUUCUCAAACAACUUUACCCACUUCCAUAACAAAGAGCAUAUCCAACCGACUCUAGUGUAUUACCACACAAACCCAAGAUAUUAUCCCAGAUAAACUAUCAACACUCCCAGAGAACAUGGGUUCAAGGCUUAAGUAGUAAGCCUACUGUGUGCUGUCUAUAUAUUCACCUUAAGGCACAUCACUGACUUGAGAACCAUCUUCCUUCGGUAGAUUCUCCUUCGCCUCUAAGUUCCAUUUUAUGCUUUUCGCCUUCUAUUUGCCUUGUUCUGUUCCUCAAGGUUUCAAAGACGCCUUUCUUCUUAACUACUCACCUAGUAUCCACUCAAGGGGAAGGGACAAUUAAUUCCACCUCAAUUAAUUUUACCUUCUCAAACAUCUUUAUUCACAUCCUUUCAAUCGACAAAACUCACAGAUCAAGUAUAUUAAAACCUUUACUUACUCUGAGCUUUGGUAUUAGUAUCACUAUACAGUUGGAUUAUCAAUUGAAAGGAAUUAUCUCAUUUUAAGGAAGAUAUCUUGUCCUUCUAUGUGUCAUGGCAGGUCAUGGGACUGUAAAUAAACUGUAUAAUAAAACCUGUUGUAAAUA